AUGCUACGCCAAGCAAAUUGCGCUAUACUACGAAAAAAUAAUAAGCUAGACUAUAAACAGCCUAGCGCGUAUUGGCCGAUUUCACUUCUAAAUUGCCUAGGUAAAUCGGCUAUAGACGUAGGCGCUAUGCUAGCGGAUUAUGUCCAUACGAAUCAGCUACGAAAUAAAAUUACUAGUACGCUUCUACUAGACGUAAAAGGGGCAUAUAACUACGUAUCCAAGAACUGGCUACUUACAAUUCUUAAGGAUUUAGCCUUUCCCGAUUCGGUUAUUAAGUGGGUCUCAUCCUUUAUAAGCGGGCGGUCACUUAAGCUUCUAUUUAACGGAUAA